AUGGAGUUUCAUGAUAUCGAACCUCUUGUGAUGUCAAACGGUGAUAAUUUAUUGUCACCAAGCUUGAUCCAACAAAUUAAUUCUCCAGAUCUUGGUAAACACCUUUUGGAUGCCGCAAGAAACGGCGAUGUAGAACAGGUUAAGUUCCUUAUUGCAAACGGGGCCACUUUUACAACAGACUGGCUAGGGUUUUCUGCUCUACACUUUGCUGCAAUGAAUGGACAUUUAACUACGUGUGAGGUGUUGCUCGAAGCAGGUUUCUGCAAAGAUAUUAGAACAAAAGUCGAUCGUACUCCCCUUCAUCUAGCAGCUCUUGAAGGUCAUGCAGAUAUUGUUGAACUACUUCUGAAAAAUGGCGCUGACAUUCACGCCAUCGAUACAAUGAAAAUGACUCCUCUACACUGGGCAGCUGAACGUGGUCACACACCUGUAGUUAACGUUUUAAUGGCUUACGGUGCUAAUGAAAAUAUUGAGAACAAAUUCGAAUUAACACCCCAUCAAUUAGCUGAUUUUCGAGAAAAUAUAGAAGCUCGUGAUGCUAUGAAGUUAUCUGGAUUGCCGACGAAUACCUCUGUGGGUCGUAUGGCAGCACCGAGUGAAGAACUAGCCGAUCCCACUGCUUUUAUAAUUACCGAUGAAGACGUCAUAGUUCCUGCCGCCCCACCUGCGGAUGAGGUUGUAAUUUCAACCAUCAAUGAAGUUGUCUCCUCUCCUCAGCACAUAUCUCUUGAAGUCCCGGAUGUGAUUUUAGAAGAGGACGUAAAAGAAACCAUUAUUGGUUCCGACGGAUUGGAAAUGGUUGUGGAAGACCAAAUUUCCUCCACCUCCGCCACUGGCGAUUUUAGAGAGGAGAUAUCCUUUGAGAAUAUUGAUGAAUUAACUCUUUCAAUGAAGGCAUCACCCACCAGCCCCAUUUCUCCAAGUCAUCAUCGCAGUGGAACUCCAUCCAUUGCUUCAAUUGAGACGCCAGACGGUAGACGACUUUUUCUUCGAGUGGAAAACGAUGGCGCUGAUGGUAAUAGUAGUCCCAAGUUCAGCAUAUUUGAUGAGGAAGGCAGAGAAAUUCACGAUGAGGAGAUGGAACAGGAAAUUGCUCAAACUUUGUUGCAACAUGAAGAUAGGUUGAAAGUGGAAGAAGAAGAUCCUGCCACGACUAAUCAUUAUGAAAAUCAAUCUACUGCUCCUGAUGGCGUCAACGAUGACGACUUCUUUGCUGCUGACUUCAUGCCUAUUGAUGAUGGUGAUGAAGAUGAUGGCCAGCUUUCGCUUCGAGAAAUGAUUGUGAAAUUUGGGGAGGAACUUUCAGAUGAUAUCUCCUGUCUUCGAAUUCAAGAUAUUCCUGCCAUGUCGUCGGUGGAAGAUAUUUUUAAUUGGUUUGCCGAGUUGGAUAUUGAUGUCAUUGACUAUGAAUCCUUUGGCCAAUUCAACAUUUCCGUUCCUCGCCAAAAUGGUUCACCAUUACCACUACGAUGCUCCUAUGAUGAUAAUGAACAGGUAUUCAUUUUGGCGCGCUAA